CUGAGUGCCAGGCUCUCCCAGCUCCAGGGGGCAGCACCACCCAGCUUCGAAUUUCCUUGGUAUCACUCCUGGUCUACUCUGGCUUUCUGAACAAGGUUAAGGUACUUGCCAACAUGUUACACUUACAAGGCGGACAAAUGCUGCAGAUGCUAGAGAAGUCUCUGAGGAGGAGCCUCCCUGAAUCCUUAAAGGUUUAUGGGACCAUCUUCCACAUGAACCGGGGAAACCCUUUCAACCUCAAGGCCCUGGUGGACAAGUGGCCUGACUUUAGCACCGUGGUUGUCCGCCCGCAGGAGCAGGAGAUGACCGAUGACCUUGAUCACUACACCAACACUUACCUAGUCUUCUCCAAGGACAUCAGGAAGGGCCAGGAAGUCCUGGCCACACCGGAAGUCAUCAACUGGAAACAACACCUGCAGAUCCAAAGUUCACAGCCGAGCCUGAACGAGGUGAUCCAAAGUCUUGCAGCUGCUAAAUCCCUCCAAGUCAAGCAUUCCCAGAACAUCCUCUAUUUGUCCCUAGAGACAGUAAAGAAGCUGGUUCCUUCCCUGCUGGAUGAGAAGAACUUGGCCCCCACGGGGGGCAAACCCAAACCCAUCAACGAAGCCCUGUUCAGGCCCUCCUCCCUGGACGUGGCCCACGCUGCCCUGGUGAAUGAGUUCUGGCUUUUUGGCGGCAACGAGAGGAGCCUGAGGUUCGUCGAGCGCUGUAUCCGCACCUUCCCCUCCUUCUGCCUCCUGGGGCCGGAGGGGACGCCAGCAUCCUGGGCCCUGAUGGACCAGACAGGAGAGAUGCGUGCAGGGGCCACUGUGCCCAAGUACCGUUCCCAGGGCCUCAUGGCCAAUGUUAUGUAUACCCAGUGCCAGGCUCUGAGCAAACUGGGCUUCCCUGUCUAUUCUCACGUAGACGGGAGAAACAAAAUCGUGCAGAAAGUAAAGUUAUCUUUGCAUGAAGCCCCCCUGCCUGGUGACUGGAACCAGUGGCACUGUGUCCCUCUGUGACAGCCCUGACCUGGCAGUGCCCAUGGAUGUGUGAAUGUGUGGACAGAUACCUAAUAAACUGUUGUCAUGGUAAAGCAGUG